UGUUGUAAGCGAAACCGAGGUAGUACAGGAAACCGCUGUUGUAAGUGAAACUGAUGUAAUAUCUGAUGUUGUAAGCGAAACCGAUAUAGUAACUGAUGUAGCGACAGAAACAGCAGAGGAGACUGAGACUGACAUGAUUUCUGAGUCCGUUGAGAACGAUGUAGGGGCAGUUGCACCGGUCCCAGUACCCUUCAAUCCUUUCGAAAAUUUCAACUAG